AUGAGUUCCUCUUCUUACAACAGCUAUGUUGAGCUUGCUGAACACGUAGCUCAACUAGGUUUCUGUACAACUCCCCUUGCUAGCAGCUUUCUCAUAAUGCUUACGGGAUAAAGAAAAACUUGUGCAUACAAAAGUCUGCUUCUGAUGUUCUCAUCCCUUGGAAUCGUUUUUGCUACUGCCGAACUUUUGAUCUGCCCGAACACACAUUCGUAUACUGCCAGUUGGUUCUUGUUCACGAGAAAAACACCGUUUGGUAUGAGCAUCAAGGCUGCCUCAGUAUUUCUGGUAUUUUUCACUAGUCUUUAUGCGUCUACAAUAUGUAUGCUCGCUGUUCAAUUUGUCUACCGUUACUGGGCAAUAUUUAACGAAUGGAGAUUGUGCUAUUUUGAACGCUGGUGGCUGCUGUUAUGGGUUGGUUAUUGCUCAGCGUUCGGACUAGUUUGGGGCUCAUCCAUCUAUUUUCUCAACGAAAUCGAUGAUUUUUCGGAGCAAUAUCUCAGAAGCGAAGUCAAUCUACGGUACGGAGUUGAAAUACGAGACGUUUCAUCAUUUGCUUUGGUGGCUUACGAUGAAACGGGAUCUCCUCGUUGGUGGAAUAUUUCAGGAACAAUCAGCUUGGCCAUUGUACUAUCUGUACAGUAUGCCAUCAUAAUUUAUUGCGCGGUUGUAAUGUAUCUGAAAAUGGAGGACAAAAUGAUGUUACUUUCUGAGACAAUGCGAGCAACCCAUAGACAGUUCUACAGGAAUUCAAAUCAUUCAAAUCUUCAACCAACAAUUUGCCUUUUCUCGCUAUUGGUUUUCAGUACAUUCCAGCCGAUGUUUCGUCUGAAAAUAAGUAUGCCGACUGGAAUGUUUUUAUGCGGAAUAACCCUGUAUUUUAGACGCAAAUCAUCAUCAUGUAUGUACAGACUAUCGGAAUACAAUUAA